UAUAAUUAAGUCUCAAAAAAUUUGGUGACUGAGUUGUUGGGUGAUGGAAGUAAAGAAGUUUAGUCUCCAAUGGCAGUGCAAAGGGUUUUGGAGUCAGAAGUGGUGAGAAUUGUGGAGAAAUGCAGCACCCUGAAUCAUGCGAAACAAGUUCACGCCCAUAUCUACCGCAACAACCUCCACCAAUGUUCCUACGUAAUCACCAAGCUCUUACGCCUCGUCACCUCGCUCACCCAUGUGCCGCUCCACUCCUACCCUCGCCUUAUCUUCGCACAGGUCCACACCCCAAACCCCUUUCUCUGGACCGCUCUCAUUCGCGCCUACGCCAUCCGAGGACCCCUCUCCCAAGCCCUUCGCCUCUUCUGCUCCAUGCGCAAACGACGCAUCACUCCCGUCUCCUUUACCUUCGUCGCUCUCUUUGCCGCUUCCGGCGCCGCUCAAGAUAUCACUUUGGGGGCGCAGCUCCACGCCCAGACACUCUUGGUUGGUGGCUUCCAUUCUGAUAUGUACGUCAACAACGCCAUGAUUGAUAUGUAUGUGAAAUGUGGGUUUACGCGUUGCGCGCGCAAGGUGUUCGAUGAAAUGCCUGAACGGGAUGUCGUUUCUUGGACCGGGCUGAUUGUUGCUUACGCGAGGAGGGGGGAUAUGAAGGCGGCACAGGACUUGUUUGAUGGGUUGCCUGUGAAGGAUAUGGUUGUUUGGACUGCGAUGGUUACCGGGUAUGCGCAGAAUGGCAUGCCGGAGAAUGCGGUGGAGAUUUUCCGGCGGUUGGUAGAUGAGGGUGUCGAGAUUGAUGAAGUUACCUUGGUUGGUGUUAUAUCUGCUUGUGCUCAAUUGGGUGCGUCUGUUUAUGCUAAGUGGAUAAGGGACAUUGCUGAGAGUUCUGGAUUUGGGGAUGGAAGUAGUGUCCUUGUGGGGUCAGCCUUGAUAGACAUGUACUCAAAAUGUGGUAAUGUGGAGGAGGCAUAUAAUAUCUUCAAAGGAAUGAGAGAGAGAAAUGUCUUUUCUUACAGUUCUAUGAUUGUGGGGUUUGCUAUACAUGGCCAAGUUCAUGCAGCGAUGAAGUUGUUUUAUGACAUGUUGGAGACUGAUGUGAAACCAAACCAUGUUACUUUUGUAGGGGUGCUUACUGCGUGCAGUCAUGCUAGCUUGGUAGACCUAGGGCAGCAGAUCUUUGCUACUAUGGAAAAGUAUUAUGGUGUUGCUCCAACCCCACAGCUUUAUGCUUGCAUGGCGGAUCUUCUUGGUCGAGCUGGAUACUUGGAAAAGGUAAUACGGCUUGUUGAGAGAAUGCCUAUGAAGCCUGAUGGAGCUGUGUGGGGGGCACUUCUUGGAGCAUCAUACGUCCAUGGGAAUCCUGAAGUUGCGGAAAUUGCUUCCAAGCAUUUAUUUGAGCUUGAACCUGAUAACAUGGGGAAUUAUUUGUUGCUUUCUAAUACCUAUGCAUCAGUUGGAAGAUGGGAUGAUGUGUCUAGGGUCAGGAAAUGGAUUAGAGAGAAAAAUUUGAAAAAAGAUCCAGGGUGUAGCUGGGUUGAAGGAAAAAAUGGAAUGAUUCACAAGUUCGCUGCUGGUGACGUGAAACAUCCACAAAUUAAUGAGAUAAAGAAGGAAUUAGAUGAACUUUUGGAACGACUCAAGGGUAUUGGAUAUCAGCCGAACCUAAGUUCGGUGCUCUAUGAUGUUAAUGAUUAUGAAAAAAGGCUGCUACUAAUGUCUCACAGCGAAAAACUAGCGUUGGCAUUUGGAUUGCUGAGUACUGAUGCCGGUUCCACCAUAAAAAUUAUGAAGAACCUUAGGAUAUGUAAGGAUUGUCAUAUUGUAAUGUGUGGAGCAUCAAGACUUACUGGAAGAAAAAUUGUUGUGAGGGAUAACACGAGAUUCCACCACUUCUUUAAUGGGGCCUGCUCUUGUAGAAAUUUUUGGUGACAGAGGCUAGUGCAAUAUGCGGGUGAAUACUGACGAAUCGGUGCUGGAAGGAUAACAUAGUGACCUUUUCUUAUUUUUGGAAAACUAGAGGCGUGUGUAGAGUUGUUUUGUGCCUGCCUAGACUAAUCCAUUAUAAAAGGAUAUUGAAAGUUUAGAUAAAUUGCUCACCUGUUCAUUUUACAGGUUGUUCAAUUCAUCAUUGAGGAGUGUUAAAAAUGUAGAAGGAAGUCAAGCGAUUCAGGUGAAGGUAGUUAGUAGACAAAUUUUUUACCUCGGCAAUGCAAAAGUCUGUACAGAUACAUGAUCAAUGCAGUUCUGUAGCAACAUCAAGUGUUGUUACGUAAAGAGGAGGAUUUUAUGGCAGAUGGAUUGCUCUACAUUAAUCAAGGCCUGAAUUUAUAUAUUGACAAUGACGAAUAAAGCAAUGGUUAAUAGUAGAAAGCAAGGAACAAGAUACUGAAGAAACAGACUAAGGCCGGCCCUUAUAAUUUUUGGUCUUUAAUUUCGUCUCGUCUAUUGAAAGAUCUAUCUCCAAUUAGUUUGGAAGAGUUAUAGCAGGCUACUACAGAAUACCUAGAGAGAUGAUUCUUUACAUGAAGCUAUACUAUGAUUAUGGAUUGCUCUCCGGUGAAAAUUUCUUUAUAUUUUCUUACCAAAAAUCUAGCUGCUUCAGAAUUUGGAUGAGUACAUUCACUCGGCUGAUAGAUAUUGUUAGAAUGUGUUGAGGUGCUAUUUGGUGAAUGAGUUUAACUAUUCCCUUAUGCUACUCCUUUCUGUUACAAUUGUCUUCUGUGUUAUAAAGAUAUUAAUAUGGGAUGAAUAAUGAUAUGAUGA